AUGUUGACAGCGUUCAUAACUGAAGAAAAGUGGAAAUAUGAUCAUGCCAGAAUUGCUAAGAAAGCACAGUACAAGAAACAGCGUUAUCUGAAGGAUAAUGUUCUCAAACUUUCACCUGAACAUCUCCUCACUCUGCAAGCUGAGAUCAAGAAGCUCAGUGAUGAAUUUGAAGCUUACAAAGCAGAGUGGCUGGGAGCCAAAGCUGAAGCAUCUGCCCAGGCAACUGAAGGAAAUGCCAGCACCGUUGAUGAAAAUCAGGCUGCUGAUGAAACUGCAAGCCGCGACUUCGCGGUCGUGGCCGCGGACACGUCCGCCGUGCAGAGCAUCCUCGUCCACAAGACGGACGAGGACAAGAUCAUGCUCCUCGACUCCCACAAGCUCAUGGGCGCCUCCGGGGAGCCCGGCGACCGCGUGCAGUUCACCGAGUUCAUCCAGAAGAACCUCCACCUCUACCAGUUCCGCAACAACAUGCCGCUCAGCACCGCCGCCACCGCCAACUUCACCCGCGGCGAGCUCGCCACCGCCCUCCGCAAGAAUCCCUACUCCGUAAACAUCAUACUUGCAGGGUUUGAUAAAGACGCUGGUGCAUCGAUGUACUACAUUGACUACAUCGCGACGCUCCACAAGAUCGACAAGGGAGCAUUCGGGUACGGGUCGUACUUCUGUCUGUCGCUGAUGGACAAGUUGUACCGCCCUGACAUGUCUGUUGAGGAAGCGGUAGACCUUGUUGACAAGUGCAUCAAGGAGAUCAGACUCCGGCUGGUCGUCGCGCCCCAGAAUUUCGCCAUCAAGAUCGUGGACAAGGAUGGCGCCAGGGACUAUGCUAGGCGUGAGAUCGGAGGUGACAGCCCUGCAACUGCCUGAGGUGAUUGGCCCUGUCGGUGGUCAUUUGGCUGGCUGGUGGCUGAACCCUUCCUGUUAAUUGUUUCCGAGUACUGUCACUAUGUAAUCGCAAUACGUUUCGGUUCGAGAUCUGUGUUGCAAAUUCACCCAGAUGUGGACUAGUCUGUUUAUGACCCCCUUUUCAUGGUUAUAUGUUUUCACUGUUUCUUGCUAUCGAAUGCUGUGUUCUGGGUAUUUCGGACUUCCUGCUUGUUACUGCUGCUGCUUA